UGCUUCAAACCCUUCCCUUCGCUUCAUAGCAAGGUUUUACAUUUCCAAAAAAUAUUGCAAAGACUUUUGCAUCAAUCAAACUCACAUUGCCAAGAUUUCCCUUCCAUCCUUUAGUGAUGCCAUCAUGACUGCCGCUGCUACCCGCUUUGAUACAAUGAGUAUCACUCUUCCAAGCCCUUAUAAAAUUACCCUUACAUUCGAGACAUCAACUCCUCCAGGGCGUGUGCCUCGGUCGAAUUCACGUGCGCUGCCACUUUCACCUACACUAGCGAUGGAUUUUGGAAAGCCUUUACUCGCAAAACAUUUCACCAUUAAACCCGAAUUUUUUAGGCACAUUCUUACCGAACUACCUAAUUCGCAAGAUAUAGUUUGUGUUACUCCAACGACAUCGGAAGUCAAAUUCUCACAUGAAUCCAAUGAGGUUAUUCUUACUCCAGAGGCUGGACAAUGUACAACCGUGGGUUAUGAAGGAUGUGUUGAUACUCAGUUCAAAAUUGUUCUUCAUCCGAGGACGUUUUUCUUUGAUUUGUCAUCUAAAACGUGCACAAGUAUAUGGUUUUGUAGGACAUCAAAUUCUGGUAGCGUAAUGGCUGUCCAAUCUAGUAGAUCGCAUGCUAUAUAUUACAUCCAUUUUCCUCCGACAUGACAUGUUGACAAAUUAUUC